ACCGUUUACCUAAUAAACGGAACACUGCACCGAUCAGCUGUUCUAAACCUGACACUUUUUCCCUAGUGCAAGGAGGGCAAAGGCUGCGGUGACAAAAAAGAAAUCAUGUUGGGCAAAGCAGUGGUGCAAAAUGCCUUCUUCGGGCAACAGCAAAGGGGCAUGGCCACCCUAAAGGCAAUCUCCAUGCGUCUAAAAUCAGUGAAAAACAUCCAAAAAAUCACCCAAUCAAUGAAAAUGGUGUCAGCGGCCAAAUACGCCAGAGCCGAAAGGGAAUUGAAACAGGUGAGACCUAUUGGAAACGGGGCCAAACAAUUUUACGAGCAAGCAGAAAUCGCCCCUCCAGAAGAUGUCCCUCAGAAAUUAGUAAUCGCUAUCACUUCAGACAGAGGUUUAUGUGGCGCAGUGCACACGUCAGUUGCAAGGCAUAUCCGUACAGAAUUAGCUAAAGACGACCAAAACAUCAAAGUCGUCUGCGUUGGUGACAAAUCAAAGGCAAUUUUGUCUCGAAUCUACGGCAAAAACAUCAUUCUGGCCUGUAAUGAAAUAGGCCGUCUCCCUCCCACCUUUGGUGACGCCUCCAAACUAGCUGAUGCUGUAUUAAAAUCCGAAUACAAAUUUGGCUCAGGCGAAAUUGUCUAUAACAGGUUCAAGUCUGUUGUGUCUUAUCAGACGUCGAUUUUGCCUGUUUACAGCUUACAGUCGGUUGCGGCAUCUCCAAAACUGUCAAUUUAUGAUUCUUUAGAUGAUGAAGUCAUUCAAUCCUACUUGGAAUUUUCAUUGGCCUCGUUGCUUUUCUAUUCGAUGAAAGAGGGCGCCUGCUCCGAACAGUCUUCUAGGAUGACAGCUAUGGACAAUGCCAGCAAAAACGCCGGAGAAAUGAUUGACAAGCUGACGUUGACGUUUAACAGAACUAGACAGGCUGUCAUUACCAGAGAGUUGAUUGAAAUUAUCUCUGGAGCUUCUGCUCUUUAAAUAUGUAAUUAUAAACAGGGAAUUUAAUUAUCAUUGAAUAGUAAGCCCAAAGUCUCUUCAUUACGUCAUCAAAUAAUAAUAAUUGUAAUUCCUGUUAUUAAUAAAUAAAAUAAAAUAAUUGUGUUUUUAUUAUUAUUA